AUGCUUCAAGAAGAGAAAGAUGAAAGAUCGUCCAUGUACCAACACCCUAAGUACAGGGAAAUAGAAAAGUUCCAGCUCCUAAAUGAGGAUCAGAUGAAAGCUGCUUUCUUGGUUUACAUGGAUCUAUGUGAAGAUAAACAGUGGUGGAACCUUGAACUUCAUCCUUGUUGUGACCUUGACCUUGUAUUUAUAUCUGGACAUGCAGCAAGACACACCCCUAGAGAGUUAGUGCUCCCUGUACCCAGCGGAUGUUCCUUGACCCCAGGGGAUCUCCAGAACUACCUCCACAGUGUCAGUCUGGAGGAAUACCACACAUCAGGUAUAACCAUGGCCAUUAUGGAUACAGAUUCCACAACUGUUUACUACAAAAUAUCUGAUGGCCUUGUACCACCCGCUUCGCCAGAAUCAACAGAGAGAAAGAAAUUCUACCAGACAGAAGUGACAAAUAAAAGAAGACUGCAUGCAGUAGCCAGUGUAGAUAAAUAUAUAGAAAAGAAAGGCAAGAUAGAGAGAUCAAAUGAAUCAGAAAUAGAUAAGAAAGUACACGGCAACGAUUGAACAAUAUGAUGAAAUCGUAUGGAUGGAAUUUGUUAAAGUCAGCUCGAACAGGCUAAAGUGUGUAGAAAGUGUGUAGCUGGGACAUGCUAAGUGUGUAGCUGGAUCAUGCUUAGUGUGUAGCUGGAACAUGCUUAAGUGUGUAGCUGGAACAUGCUUAAGUGUGUAGCUGGAACAUGCUUAAGUGUGUAGCAAGAACAUGCUUAAGUGUGUAGCAGGAACAGGCUUAAGUGUGUAGCUGGAACAUGCUUAAGUGUGUAGCUGGAACAUGCUUAAGUGUGUAGCUGGAACAUGCUUAAGUGU